AUGUCACUCUCUUCCCUGACUGCGCUCCUGUCUGCCGUUCUCGUUCUAUGGGGUAUAUUAAGCCAUAAAUAUCUUUAUUUCCUCAUUACCUUGUUUAUUGCUUUUUGUCUGUCCAGAAAGUGCUGUUAUUUAUGAAUUCCCAUUAAUCCUCUUAAAUACUACAGGACCGUUAAUUUCUUUGCUUUGGAAAUACGCAUGUGUUGCUGUCUUGUCCAUUACAUUUUCUGAUCACUAACAAAAUCAUCGUUUAACAAAAGCCUUAUAAUAAAUUUAUUAUGAAACCGAGCAUGCUUAAAAAACGCAAUUUAAUGUGCAGUCCAAAAAAAAUUAUUUUUACAUGUACUCCAGCCUACACAAUCGUAGACGUGUAUAAAAACCGUCUUGACUCAGGAUGCUGACAGCUAUGAGAUUUCAAUACGCUUAAGCUUUUGCACGGACAACUAAAAAUACAUAUUAUCCAUCAAUUUUACUGUUGUUUGUGCCCAGUUAGUUCAAUAUAAUGUGCAAGUUGUACAUGGAAUUUCACACCUAUCAUUUUAUUAUAUCGAAAAGUGGAAAAGCCUCCUUUUUAAUAAUCAACGUGACAAAUGUCAGAUAUAUGGAUCGGCGUAUUUAAAAAUCCUACCUAAUUAGACCUCGUUUGAAGCUGCGCCACACAGACUUACAGUUAAUUACUUUGCCUAGGUAAAAAAUGAAAAACUUAGAUUGAAGAUGAUGUUUGGGAAACUAUUAUAUAGACUGUAAACAGCAUCUGUAUCGAAAUUCAUUGCAGACAUAUGAAAUCACCUACUAACUUGCUUGCGUAUCAUUCGUAUGAAAAUCUUGUAUUUCCAGUUAUGGGUUUAAGGUAGGAGAGAUAAGCAAUGAACACAUACAGUAAGUGGACCAACUCAUGAAAUGUCAAAAGAAAUUCCGUUUCGAAAAGCUCAAUUAAGUAGUGUUGUAAAACCAAUCAUUUUGCAGAAUAAUUGAUAAUACUUCAGUUACUUCAGGACGCCGGCGUUCAAAAUACUUCUUUUCAGCUGCAUUUAGAAACAAUACUCUGUAAAAAAUGACCACUUAUGUAGCAUGCCUUUUUUACAUUGCAUUUUUAUGCUUUUAAAUGUUCGAUUAUAUUGCAUGGAGACGUAGAUAAAAAUAUCCAUUCUCUUGCACAUUCCGUAGAAAAUUACGUCUGCUAUCAAUGUUGCUCUCGGGGAAGCGUAUAAUUUGGUUCUAUAAAACUUUUUCGAUUCCCGAAUAAUUUGGAACCCGACCUGCCGUUACACCUGCAUUCAGGGUUUCCAGACUACAAGCCGUAUAUUUUUCGUGUACGAAGACCAUAUGGGGUUUAUAAAAUUAAGUAGUGGAUUUGAGCCACAUUGUUAACUUUAAAAUCCACAUUGGUAAAUGCAUGGACAUGACACUUAAUGAACGGCCAUUUCACGAUAUUAAAAAAUUUCACAAUUAGAAAUUUUUUUAAACCGUAUUAUGUCCAUCCUUCGUGAAAUAUAAUUGAAUCUUUAAGGACAUCGAAAAUCAAUGAAAAAAUGCAUGCUAUAUAAGGUGUUGUUUUUACGGAGUAUGGUUUAUAGAUUCGGAUAGCAAAAAGAAUUUUGAAAGCCGGCGUCCUGCGGUCACUAAAUUAAUUUAGAAUUAUGCUGCAUGCUGAUUGGUUUUACAAUCUAACUUGAUUGAUCUUUUCAAAACGGAAAUGUAUUUCGGAAUUUCUGUUGACAUUUCAUGAGUUAGCCCACCUACUUUAUGUAUCGAUAUACGUACAGAUUCGAGGUCUAGGUAUUGUAUAGCUUUCAUCCUUUCCCGAGGAAGAAGAAGAGAGGUCGAAUUCAUGGACCAUAUUAUAUUCGGACUGACGUUUCCGAAACUUCCUCGUCUCCAUCAUAAGUGUAGCGUGCUUGUUGCUGCUGCCGGUCUUGAUUUGUUCGGUGUCGCCGAUUGUCUCGUAUCAUAGCCGUGCUCUGGGCACGAACUUUGACCAGCCUGUUUGCUGCUGACUGGCUUAUACCUGCCCGGGGCUGACUGCUGACAGGCCUGCGUGACCUUUGUUCCCUUUGGGGUUGGUGAAAUUGUGGUCAACUCAACGUGCCGCUUGGCCUCUCCCAAGUCGGCCGUUGGACUAAUCGGUCGUUGCUGUUCAUGCGAGCAGCAUUCAGCUUCGCAGACGCAUCGGUGAGAUAGAGUUAGGUUUUGGUCGCAGGACCACUAGCCCCUAACUAUGCUCUUUUCCGUGAGCGUUGACUCUGGGUUCCGCAUGCUCACUUGCCUAACUACUCCUGUCCGGACUGAUUUGACCCUUGUACGCAGCGCUGGUAGGCGGAUGUAGAUCUAAAGCUCGGUUGAGUGUGCCAGUCGAGGACCAGUUUUCGAGCACCAGUCCGGCAAUGUUCUCAUUGGUUCGACCAAUUACCCUCGCUUUCUCAAAGGCAAAAUCGUGGUUCAGUUCUCUUAUGUGGCCAUAGACCAAAGGCAGCUUGUCCUUGCGGUUAAUUGCAAGUUGAUGUUCGUGUAAUCUUGUACCGAGUCGUUUGUCCGUUUCACCAACGAACCUCGCAUUGCAAUUUAGGCAAGGUAUGCUGUAGACCACCGCCGACUGUUCCGUUGUUGGUAGCGGGUCUUUAGGCUUCAUAAUUUGCUGUCUGAUGGUGCAUUCGGGUUUAUGAGACACGACUAUCCCAAAAGGUUUCGGAAUUCUCGCCAUUGCCUCUGGUACCUUCUUCACAUACGGUAUUGAGAGUCAGAACUUGGGCUAUUCUCCACUCGACCGCUCAAAAUUAGGCUUUUUGAGGCAAUUGUAAAUGAAGGACUUCCGGUAGUCGUUAGCUUUAAAAAGGGCCUGUAAGUAAUUCCCCGUUUCGUUCCUCCAAAUCUCGUCGCUACUGUGUGUUUGAACACAUCGAAAGAGACUUCUGACACAACAGUGCGUAUGAUCAACUGUGUGGUUGCUUGGGAAGUGGAGGAUGCGCCUAGUAUUAGUAGCCUUAAGGUAAACCGUUGUCCUUAUCUCCCCGUCUGUCAAUUUCGUAACCUGUAAGUCCAGGAGGGGCAGCCCAUUGUUGACUUCCUCUUCCAUAGUAAACUGAAUGUCGGGAGUGGAGGAAGUUUCCGAAACGUCAGUCCGAAUACAAUAUUGUCCAAAAAUUCGUCCUCUGUUCUUCUUUGUUCUUCGGGAGAUGGUGAACGUGACACAUGCAUAUAUUCACCGAUAAAAAGGAGGCAAGUUUGUCACUUAAUAGACACAUCAUAUUAAAAUGCUGAUACAACGGGGAAACGAUGUGAUACUUACAUUUUACCAAUUUAAUACAAUGAUACGACUUAGGCAGGCAAGAUUGUCGGUGGCAUUUUAUGUACACUAAUUUCACUCUUGGGUGCAUCUGGGCUUUUGAUUUUACAGUUCAUUUGAGUUUUUACGUCACUCUUUCAUCUCUAUCCACGCUUUUUUAGGACCUGUAAGUUCACAGGGACAACUUAUGGUUUGCAAACAACCCCACUCCGAGUGUAUGUCAUUUCGCAGUGAAGGCGGUGGUGACGAAGUAACCAACCAGUGUUUUAACUCUUGCAACUUUGCAAAAGGUAAAGUUCAUUUUAAACGAGACGUUAAUGUAUUACAACUGUGCACAGUCUGAUUCCUUUCUUUCAUUUUAGUACCCGGAGUGAAACCGCUUACCGUAUAUCGCUGUCGCAGAUUCCUCAAGUACUGCACAACUGAAACAGUCUACUACAUGGAUGCAGGUUUAGGUCUCUACAAUGCGUGGAGCGAUUGCAUGCAUACAUGUCGUUUCCUCUCGUAUGGUAAAUCUAAUGUGAUUAUAAAAUUUUAGUCAGUAUUUUAGUUCAGACUGUUUAUGCAAAGAAAUUGCAACUUGUUGCAUCUUUUAAUCCGCACAGUUCUUGGGUAUAUAAAGUAAUGUGCAAAACAAUCGCCUUGUCUGAAUAAAAGUGCGUAAAUGCACAGGCACCCUAUUUAAUAAUAAUGCUGCUGAACCCAUGCUGCAUUUCAGAAAACGCGACUUCUCCAGUUUCGCAUACGCUCUGUUUCGACUUCGACGGCGACUGUUUUAAAUUCAAAAACAGAAAAGGAAACAUCGUUCACUACAUGAAAUGUUAUUUCAACUGUCAGAUAGACAAAAAAGGUGAGGAGUAAUGUUUCUGCUCAACAGUACUAACAAACUUUCAAAAUGACCAAUUUUGCAUUUUAAUUCGCAUUUAGAAAACAAAACAAAGGAACAGCAAAUCCACAUAUACAGUCCAGUGUCUCGGGCGUACCUGCAAUCGUACUACUUCAGUCUACCGAAAGACAAGGACCACGGACAAAAAUUAAAGACGUGCUAUAAAGAAUGCGAAAAGGAAUCGGGUAAGGCUGUUUGCGUGAUUUAGUAAUAAUAAAAAAUAGUAAUAUUAUGUGUAGAAGUAAGCCAACAAGGGCCUGGACUAGCAGUAAGAUUUGGAAAACAGGAGAAUGUAGACGUGCCGAACUGAACAAGGAACAACCAAUAAUAUAUAUCUCGCAGUUAGGUAUGAAGAUGCAAUAUGUUUAUAUAUGAUGGUCAUCGAGUACAUCUAGUAGGACUGUUCAUGCUGCGUCACCGAACAUACGUUUUCUAAAUAAUUCACAUUCAAGGUAAAAUAAAUGAGCAAAAGCAUAUGAUAGAUACCAACUAUUGAAGUAUAGUAGUUGGGCUAACUCAUGAAAUGUCAACCGAAAUUUCUAAAUGCGGUCUUUUUUCGAAAAAAUUAAGUAAGUAUGGUUGUAAACGUAAUGAUUGUCCACUUACCUCAGGGGGACUGCCUUCGAACGAACUUAUUUCCGACUGCAUUCGAGAACAACCCUACGCAAAAAAUGACUAUAUAAGUAGCAUAAAAUGUUCCCACUGAUUUUCGCUGCCCUUAAGAGUUCAAUAAUAGUCCGCGGAAAGCAUCCAUAAAAAUAUUUAUUCUUCUAUUUAUUUGGUAGAUAAUAACGCCUUCAUUUAAAUUUUUUCACGAAGGAGAAAAACAUUUCGGUUUUAAGAAAGUCUCUAAUAGAGAGACUUUUAAAUUCCGUGAAAGGGUCGUUCAUAAAAGGUAAUCAAUCUGCAUUUACCAAUGUCGCUUGUAAAGUUAACAAUAUUGUUCAAAUCUACUGCUUGAUUUUAUGAACUCAUAUAUAGUCUAAUCUUAAUACAGUAGAGAAAUAUAUGGAAUUCCGUACACGGAAAAUAUACGGCACGUAGUGUGGAAACACUAAAUGCAAGUAUACGAGCAGGUCUGGCUCAAAAUUAAUCAAGAACUAGAAAAGAAUUUGGAAGCCGAAAUAUACUCCUCUUUUGAGGAUAUAAUUAGACGAAGAUGUGAUUUUUUACUUACUACGUAAAAGAAUGAAUAUUUUUAUGCAUGUCUUCCGUUAAAUAUAAUUGAAUUUUCAAGAACAUCUAAAAUCAAUGACAAAAUUGCAUGCUAAAUAUGUAGUCUUUGGAGAUUAUUGUUUUUGCACGCAGUCGGAAAUGAGUUUAUUCGAAAGCCGGUAGCCUGCGGUAAAUUUCGAUUACAUAACUAUGCGGCACGAUGAUAGGCUUUACAAAGCUGCUUAAGUAAACGUUUCGAAACCAGGACUCAUUUCGAAAUUUCCUUGGAUAUUACAUAAGUUAGCCCACCUAAUGAAAUAAUCGAAAAUCGUCGGAAUAGGAAAACAUAUUUAAUUGCAAAUAGACCGUCAGGAAUAGCGCAUUAUAAAAGCACAAAACUCGAAGAGAAUUUUUAAAAAGCACGAUAGGAGGUUAGUAAUUACGGCUAUCAACGAAUAUUUCAAGGAAACACAUAUUGAUUAAUGGAAUGGAAAGGAAAAAUAAACCGCGAAAAGGUUAGGGUAGAAAACAGGUUAAAUGAUGAUAGGUUUCACAACACUACUUAAAUAACCUUUUAAAACGAAAACGGAUUACGGAAUUUCGGUUGACAUGCGGUGCGUUAGCCCACCUUAAUUAGCUCACUUAGGAAUUCCUCCACUUUGUUCAAUCUCACCUCAUCACUUCCAUUUCCAACUCCCUGCUAAAUCACUAGCCACCAGCCCCGAAGCAGCCGGCCACAAAUGCGACCCAGAUUCAAAGACCUGUGUACCCUGCACUGAUGGUGAGGAUUGUGAGGAGGACUUAGAGGAUUGCCAAGAGACCUGCGGCAAAGAAAGUGAGUGCUCCUCCUUAGGCCACAGUCGCUGACUGCAGUAAUCUUCAGAUCAAGGCUUUAAUAGUAUUGUCGCUGCAUGCAUCAUUUCAAAACUGCCUGUAAAUUCUCAUUCUGCCUCUGUGUGUUCGUCAGGUUCGUCGAGUUUAUGUAUGUCUACUGACUCAACUUGUACAUCAUCCUCUCGUCACUAUUUCCCAAAGUCCACUUAGAGGGCCAUUUCCGCAAAUACUCCAUUCUAUCGCAUGUGUGCGUGAUCUUUUCAAAGCGAAGCAUCACUCAUUGAUAGAGAUAGGCGCUGAUGGUAUUAGGAAGUCUGGUGAAUCAUAGGACGAAGGUGCGUCAUAUUUGGAAUCGAAUCGAGUGAGCUGUAGAUGAGCUACAUGUGAUAAAAUCGAUUCGCUUACCGCAAGGCGUCCUCUUCUUCUUCUGCCAUUUACAGAGUAGCCCACAUCCAUCCUGCGACUAUCGCUCAUGACAGCGAUCGCUUAAAUGUCCAGUAGGUGUCUUGAAAGUGAACUGUCUCUUUCAGUAAUAAGGUCAUUAAACUGCUGACAUCUGUAGCACAGCCUUGUAUGUGUAUUGCAAGUCUCAGCCGACAUCACUGCUCCAAACAAAGCAAUCGACAUGUUCCUUCGCUGGACAUACCUGGGCGUCUACAGAACGCAACAGAACAUUACCAAUCAUAAAAAAUAGCAAAAUGAUCUAAAGGAAGAAAUCAAAGAGGCCCUGGAUUAGCAGUAUGAUUUAGAAAACAGGAGAAUGUAUUAAUGUCGAACUGAACACGGCAUUAAAUAUUACUCUCUUCCCAAGUAAUCUUACUCAUUUUAAACAAUUAAUAAUAUGCGUCGCGCAGUUAGCUAUGACGAUAAAUUAUUUCUACAUUUGAAAGGCAUCCCCUCAGUAUAGUAGACCUGUUUACACCGCACUUAAUUAAAUAUGUGUGCCAAAUAAUUCACUCUCAUGGAGAUAUGUGUAAGCAAAGCCAAGCGUUGGACGCCCACUAAUGAAUACAUAACAAAAAAUCAUCCUAAGAGAAAAUGAUGUUUAAUUGCGAAUAGACCGUCUGGAACAGCGCAUAUAGGAAGCACAAAAUUCUAGAAAAAUGAUUGGCAAAUAACAAGAGGUGGCUAGUAGUUACGGCUAUGGAAGAAAAUUUAUAGGAAACAUAUUUAUUAAUUGAAUGUCGCGCCCUUAUUAAGCAAACAGAAACUGCAGAAAUGCAAGGCUAGAAAGCAUGUUUAAUACAGUAAAACAGUGGCAAGAUAUAAAUACUCGUUUACCAAAUAUGCCUAUUAGUGCAAGAAUAUCCGCUGAAUGGCAGUCCAACAUAAUGGAGAAACUAAAAACGACAUGAAUGUUUCCGGUGAGAUUCUAAAAACAUUUUCAUCUAACUUGAAUUCACAAGCACAAGGUCAUAUGCGAGAACGCGAUGUUAGCAAUACCUAAAGCAUUGCACAUAAUGCGUCAAUUCUUUUACAAGGAAUACAAAUAGGAAUUAUGAGAUCUCUUCCAGAAGUGAACGCAAGAACGGACAUCGCAACUGGUUGAUUUGUAUUGGAAGAGGCGACUGAUGACUUAGGUGUGGGGGAGAAAACCACAAGUUACCUAUGCAUACUCUAAUCCAGACAUGAAGGCCGGAAAUGUCGUUCGGUGUUUGUGUAACAGUUUCAGGUUAUAUGCCUGACAGGCUUGCAGAGCAUGGUGCGCCCACUCAUGCCAAAAUGUACGAUGUGUCUCUGCAUGUUUUGCGUCUCAGACCAGUCUCUAGUCCUUUGCCCCUGGAAUCCAUGCCGCGCUAGGAGUCAUGCCAUCAUGACUCCCGAGCACAUUCAGCCCCGACGUUGGCCCAAUCGCAAACUGCGCCAUCAUCCAAUCAGCUGACCAGUCUGACAAUGACUGCCUCUCACGUGACGCUUCUUCACUCGCGUCCACGUCACUCUAGCCCACGCACUCGGGCGGGACUACAGCCUGGCCCCCGUCGGGGGCUCUGACGGACAGCAGGCUUGUCUAGAGUAUAUUCUAAUCCUACUAGUGUCUUUCCCCUCCUCCUCUUCCUUCUCUUCCUCCUACUCCUCCUCCCCCUCCUCCUCUUCUAAAGCUGGACUGAGCCGUGAUUAUUAUGUUACUACAAGGACACUCUCACUGCUUAGACCCCGCAUAUCUCGUAUGCCUUGCUGUCUUCACCCAACAGCGAAAUCACUACCGCUUGUCAAUAGAUAGAUAAAGGCAGACUUGAGCACAAGGCAUGCAAACUGACAAAUGUCAUGACUUUUGCGACACAGUUGAUUGUUAAAGCGUCGUCGUUGGUCAUUACGCGGAGUCACCGAAUAUGCUCAUGACUGUAGUCUGGAUGAGGAUGUCUGUGCAGAUAUAUGCGAUGGCCAAUGUAAGCCAUGAAUGCUUCCGAAGUCAUUGCGCAGCAGGCCGUCUGAUGCGACUAGAGUCGCGACCGAAAAAAUCGACUGUCCGUGAGAUGGCUCAUUUAGGAAUUCCUUCACAUUGUCCAAUCUAACAUUAUCUUCUCUUCCAUUCCCAACUCCCCGCUAAAUCAUUAGCAACCAGCCCCGAGAGAGGAGGUUACAAAUGUGACCUAGAUUCCAUGACCUGUGUACCCUGCACUGAAGAUGAGGAGUACUGUGAGGAGAACUUGGAGGACUGCCAAGAUACCUGCGAUGAAGAAUGUGAGUUCUCCUCCUCCUCUUACCUAUUUAUUGCUAUCAUCACCUGCAACGGCACAGUCCUUCAGCCACAGUCGCUGGCUGCAGUUACCUUAAGUCCAACGCCUAAAUAUUAUUGUCGCUGCAUGCAUAAAUUCUGGACUGUCUGUACACUCUCACUGUGUCUGUGUGUGUGCUCGCCAGAUUCGUCGAAAAUAUAUAUAGGUCUACUGGUCAAAUGUUUACAUAAUCUUCUCAUCACUAUUUCCAAAAAUCAACUUAGAGGGCCAUUUCUGCAAAUGCUCCAUUCUCUCGCAUGUCAACGUGAUGCUUUAAAAGCGAGGCAUCACUCAUUGACAGAGAUAGGCGAUCGGCGUUUGCUAUUCAUAGUUUUAGGUAGACUGGUGAACCAUAGUGCAAAGGUUUCGUAUUUGGAAUUUAAUAGACAGAGCUGAGGCGGCGCUGCAUGAGAUUACCACGAUGCGCAUACCACAAGGCGGUUUCUUCUUCUUGUGCAAUUUACAUAGCAGCUUAUAUUCAUCCUGAGAGAGCAACCGCUUGAAUGCCCAGUAGGCGUCGUGGAAUUCAACUGUGCCGUCAGGCCAUUAUGCCAUUGCACUGAUGAUAUCUGUAGCACAACCUUGUUUGUGCAUGGCAAGUCUCAGCACUCAUCACUGUUCCAAACAAAGCACUCGACGUGUUACUGCGCUGGACAUACGUGGUCAUACACAGAACGGAUGUAGAAACUGGUUGAUUGGUAUUGGAAGAGGCGACUGAUGACUUAGGUUCAGUGUUUGUGUAACAGCUUCAGGUUAUAUGCCUGACAGGCUUGCAGAGCAUGGUGCGCCCACUCAUGCCGAGAUGCGCGCCGUAUCUCUGCAUGUUUUGCGUCUCAGUCUUAGGUCCUCUGCCGCUGGCAUCCAUGCCGCGCUCGGAGUCAUCUGAUCAUGACUCCCGAGCACAUUCAGCCCUGACGAUGGCCACUCACGGGCGCCCACAGACUGCACUAUCAUCCAAUCAGCUGAUCAGGCUGAAAAUGACUGCCCCUCACGUGACCCUUCUUCAUUCGCGUCCACGACACGCUAGUGCACGGACUUUCACGUCACUACGGCCGCCCCUGCUGACAGCCAACAGGAUUCUGCGCAGAAUAUUCCAAACUUGACCGCACAUGAGAUAGCUCAUUUAGGAAUCCCUUCACUUUGUCCAGUCUAACAUCAUCAUAUCUUCCAUUUCCAACUCAACUACUACAUCAUUAGCCACCAGCACCGAAGCAGGCCGCUACAAAUGCGACCCAAAUUCCAAGACCUGUGUAGCCUGCACUGAUGGGGAUGAAGAUUUUGUGGAGGACUUAGACACUUGCAGUGAGAACUGCGGCGAACAAAUUGAGUGCUCCUCCUCCUCUUUCCUAUUUACUGCUCAAAUCAUCCGCACCGGCAGAAUCCUUAGGUCACAGUCGCUGGUUGCAGCUAUCUUACGAUCAAGGCCUACAUAGUAUUGUCGCUGCAUACAUCAUUUCAUAACUACCUGUACAUUCUCACUCUGUCUAUGUGUGUUCGUCAGCGUCCUCAAGUUUAUGUAUGUAUAUUGGCCAAAUAUGUACAUCAUCCUCUCGCCACCAUUUCCCAACGUCCACUUAGAGGGCCAUUUCCGCAAAUGCUGCAUUCUAUCGCAUGUGUACGCGAUCUUGUCAAAGCGAAGCAUCAAUGAUUGAGAGAAAUAGGCACUGAUGGUAUUAGGAAGUCUAGUGAAUCAGAGUACAAAGGUGUGUCAUUUUUGGAAUCGAUUCGGCAGAGCUGCAAAUGUGCUACAUGCGCUUACCGCAAGGCGGCCUCUUCUUCUUGUGCCAUUUGCAUAGCAGUCCUCUGCCCCUGGCAUCCAUGCCGCACUCGAUGUCAUCUGAUCAUGACUCCCGAGGUCAUUCAGCCUCGACGAUGACCAAUCUCGUGCGGCCACAAACUGCACUAUCACCCAAUCAACUCACCAGACUGACACUGAUCCCUGCUUCUCUCGAGACGCUUGUUCACUCACGCCGAACCCGCGUCGCGGGCUCUGUCAGCCAGCAGUCUUCUGUACAGAAACUUGGCCGCGCGUGAGAUACAGGCGGUGGGCUAAUUCAUGAUAAGUAACCGAAAUCGCGACUGGCGCUUUUGUUUCGAAAUGCUGAAUUAUGUAGUGUUGCAAAACCUUUCCUCUUGCAGCACAAUUCUAUAGUAUUUAUGUUACGGCAUGAUCCUUCCUUUCGAACGAAUUUAUUUUUAACCGCAUGCAAAAACCGUACUCUAUAAUAAAUCCCAACGUAGUUCGCAUAUAUUAUUUUCAAUGUUUUUGAUGCACUUCAAUAUUCAAUUUUAUUUUGUUCAAUGCAUGCAUAAAAAUAUACAUUCUAUUACUCAUUCUAUAUGAAAUUACGUCUUACUUCAUAUUUAUACCCGAAGAAGGGGUUUUGUUUGGUUUUUUUAAAACAUUUUCCAAUUCCCGAUUAAUUUUAAACUCGACCUACCGUUAUACUUGCACUCAGGGUUUCAAAUCUACAAAGCGUAUAUUUUCCGUGUACAGACAACCCUAUAUUUCUCUACGGUGUUUAGAAGAGAAUAUAUGGCGUUCAUAAAAUUUUGCAGUGGAUAUGAGCCAUAUUUGAAACGUUGCAAACAGCACUAUUAAACGCAGAGGCACAUAGUUUUAUGACGGGACAUUUCACAAUAUUAAAAAAUGUCACAAUUAGAAACUUUUUAAAACGUAUUUUCCCUCUUGCCGACUAUAUGAUUGAAAGAAGACGUAAUUUACUACCAAAUGAGUAGAAGAAUGAAUAUUUUUAUGUUUAUUUUCCAUGAAAUAUUAUUUAAAAUUUAAGGGCAUCCAAAACGAUUAGAAAAUUGCAUGCUACGUCAGUGAUCAUUUUUCCGCAAAGUACAGUUCUUCCAUGCAUUCGUAAAGAUGUUCCUUUGAAAGCCGACCUCCUGACAUAACUGAUUUAUGAUAGAAUUCUGCUGCACAAUGAUUCGUUUUACGACACUACAUAAUUGAUAUUUUUGAAGCGAAAAUGUAUUUAGAAAUUUUGGUGGACAUUUGAUGAGUUAGCCCACCUGCAUUAGGUCAUUUAAGAAUUCCUUUACCUUGGCCACAAACUGCACUAUCAUCCAAUCAGCUGACCAGACUGACACUGACUUCCCCUCACGUGACGAUUCCUCACUCGCUUCCACGUCUCUCUAGCGCACGGACUUGUGACGGCCUACAGCCGGCCCCGCGUCUGGGGCUCUGACAGCCGGCAGGCUUCUGUAGAGAAUAUACUAGUCCUAGUGGUGUCUUUGUCCUCCUCCUCCUCCUUCUUUUCCUCUUCUAUAUCAGGACUGAGUCGUGAUUUUUGUGGCGCUGUGAGUAGACUCUCUCACACCUUCCUUGCUAUCUACACCAAUCGGCGAAUUCAGCACAGUACAAGCAAACUGACAAAUCUCAUGCCCUUUACGACACACUUGAUCGGUGGUCAUUAUCCGCCGUCAGAGAUCAUGCUGAUGCCUGUAGUCUGCAUGAGGAUAUUUGUGCAAAACUAUGCAAUGUCCAAUAUAAGUCAUAACGACAGGAAUUUCGACGAAUUGAAAUGCAGAAGAACAUAAUAACGUGAAGAGUAUUAAACAAAUAUUCGUCAAAUCUAAAUCCAACCCUUCUAUUUCCAACCACACCCCAUAUUAUUAGUCAUCAGCCCCGAAGCAGGCGGCUACAAAUGCAACCCAGAUUCCAAGACCUGCGUACCUUGCACUGACUCUAAGGAGGAUUGUGGGGAUGACUUAGAGGCUUGCCAAGAGACCUGCGGCGAAGAAAGUGAGUGCUCCUCCUAUUUACUGCUAAUCUCCCCUGCUCCUUCAUUUUCCCGUCGCCUCUUUUUGUAGCAGAGGUUUACGUUUUCUCACUUAUUUCGCAAAUAUCUUUUUCAUGUUUUUUCUUUUACUUUAUUUUUGUUCGUUCUCCUUCUCGCAGUUUUUUCUGACCUGCCUUUCCUUUUAUAUCUACUUUUGCGGUACAUCUUUUUUUUCAUUUGCUUUUGCGUCUUUUCCUUUUUUUCUUUUUGGCAUUUUUUCUUGUACAUCCCUUUGUUUUCAUUCUCUCUUUUCAAUUUUACUGUCUUAGUCUUUUCUCUAUUCAUAAUCUUUUACAUACUUUAGCUUUUUCAUUUUUGAGGAUUAGCUUCACCUUUCUUUCUCAUCUUUCCGUAUCUGUUUUGUCAUUGUUUUUCUUUCCGUUGAAGAUUUUCUUUUUUCGGUAUACGAUUAUCUAUUGUUUUUGAGAUGAUAAUUCUUUAUUAGUAACCGUUUCACAUAGUUUGUGCAGCUUAAUGUCUAAUUCCUCUUUCCGAACGUUUCAGGUUAA